AGAGACCUAAAUUUCCAUUAGAUUCAUUCCUAAGCUUGCUUUGUUGCAGCAAGAUGAUCAGUCCGAGAGUGCUGGAGAGAAGAGAAAGCGGUAAAAACCUCUCUUAUUCGGUCACCGAGAAGUCGGACGACUCUUCAGUAACCCAGGGUGAUCCGACCCCUUCGACGCUUUUUUCGCUGUAUACCCCCUCCAUCCUUCGGAGGUGGAAGAAAGGGUACUCACAUUUUAAUACAUAGUAGGGCCCCAGAACGCUAAAAGGUGGGGGAACAAGAGUUGUCACGAUAGAAAAGAGAAAAAAAGAAAUGACUAUAAGGAACCAACGGCUCUCUCUUCUUAAACAACCUAUAUCCUCCACACUUAAUCAGCAUUUGAUAGAUUAUCCAACCCCGAGCAAUCUUAGUUAUUGGUGGGGGUUCGGUUCGUUAGCGGGUAUUUGUUUAGUCAUUCAGAUAGUGACUGGCGUUUUUUUAGCUAUGCAUUACACACCUCAUGUGGAUCUAGCUUUCAACAGCGUAGAACACAUUAUGAGAGAUGUUGAAGGGGGCUGGUUGCUCCGUUAUAUGCAUGCUAAUGGGGCAAGUAUGUUUUUCAUUGUGGUUCACCUGCAUAUUUUUCGUGGUCUAUAUCAUGCCAGUUAUAGCAGUCCUAGGGAAUUUGUUCGGUGUCUCGGAGUUGUAAUCUUCCUAUUAAUGAUUGUGACAGCUUUUAUAGGAUAUGUCCUACCUUGGGGUCAGAUGAGCUUUUGGGGAGCUACAGUAAUCACAAGCUUAGCUAGCGCCAUACCUGUAGUAGGAGAUACCAUAGUGACUUGGCUUUGGGGUGGGUUCUCCGUGGACAAUGCCACCUUAAAUCGUUUUUUUAGUCUUCAUCAUUUACUCCCCUUUAUUUUAGUAGGCGCCAGUCUUCUUCAUCUGGCCGCAUUGCAUCAAUAUGGAUCCAAUAAUCCAUUGGGUGUACAUUCAGAGAUGGAUAAAAUUGCUUCUUACCCUUAUUUUUAUGUAAAGGAUCUUGUAGGUUGGGUAGCUUUUGCUAUCUUUUUUUCCAUUUGGAUUUUUUAUGCUCCUAAUGUUUUGGGGCAUCCCGACAAUUAUAUACCUGCUAAUCCGAUGUCCACCCCGCCUCAUAUUGUGCCAGAAUGGUAUUUCCUACCGAUCCAUGCCAUUCUUCGUAGUAUACCUGACAAAUCGGGAGGUGUAGCCGCAAUAGCACCAGUUUUUAUAUGUCUGUUGGCUUUACCCUUUUUUAAAAGUAUGUAUGUACGUAGUUCAAGUUUUCGCCCGAUUCACCAAGGAAUAUUUUGGUUGCUUUUGGCGGAUUGCUUACUACUAGGUUGGAUCGGAUGUCAACCUGUGGAGGCACCCUUUGUUACUAUUGGACAAAUUUCUCCUUUAGUUUUCUUCUUGUUCUUUGCCAUAACGCCCAUUCUGGGACGAGUUGGAAGAGGAAUUCCUAAUUCUUACACGGAUGAGACUGAUCACACCUGAUUAGUGAGAAAUUCUUACACCAAUCAUUUACGAGUGGGUAUUACACCAAGAAUUUACAAGCGGA